AUGUCAGAUGCCUUCAGUUUGCUGACCAAAUCCGGUACUUUCUUUAAUAAAAACAAGUUUAAUAAUGAUAUAAAGCUGUUCAAUAAAUCUCAGCGACAAGACGCUCAGCAGGUCAAUCAGCAUGACACACAGCAGCUCCCAAAAGAUUUAGAUUUCUUUGGAGACUUAAAGCAUUCCGACAAACCCGUUAAACCCGCUAAGCAGCAAUCAGAAACUCAGUACACACAGUACACUCCACCUACGAUCGAUGAAUCCAACAAGCUUAGGAAGCAAAUGCAUGUUAAUGUAUCGGAUAAUGCUCAGCCUCCACUAAGAUCUGUACAAGAACUCAAAACAGCUCUCAACUUUGAAAAUUACUUGAUGCGCAAUAUCAGCUUCUUAAAUGAGCUCACUCCUGUUCAAUCUCAAGCUAUUCCACUCGCUUGCUCUGAUAGAGAUGUUCUCGCCGUUGCUCCAACUGGCUCUGGUAAAACUCUCGCUUACUUACUCCCUCUUCUCCACACGCUCGCACAACCAAAGAAAGAAGGUUUCAGAGCUGUAAUCAUCUCUCCAACCCGUGAACUCGCUCAACAAAUACGCAACGAGCUCGCAAGAGUUGGUAUUGGCAGGAGAUGGCGUGUUUCCAUUCUCAGCAAAGCAAACCAAGCUACUAUCAAGUCUGAUCCUUCAACACGCUCCAAGCAUGACAUCCUCAUUUCCACCCCUCUCCGCCUUAAACACGCGAUCGAGUCUGAGGAAGUAGAUUUGUCAAACGUGCGCAACCUCAUCCUCGACGAAGCUGAUAGAUUACUCGAAAUGGGUUUCGUAGAUCAGGUAGAUACUAUCGUUGGCGCCUGCUCUCACCCUUCACUGCGCAAAUCUCUCUUCACAGCCACGCUGCCAGCCUCAGUUGAAGAAAUUGCACAAAAUAUUCUCCGCCUACCAGUCAGAAUGCUUAUUGGGCGCAAAGACGCAGCAGCUCAAGGCGUUAACCAGAAACUAACCUAUGUCGGUAGAGAGGAUGGCAAGCUGCUCGCUCUCAGACAGCUCGUUCAAGAAGGACAGAUGAAACCGCCUGUGCUAAUAUUCGUGCAGAGCGUCGACAGGGCGAAUGAACUCUUCAAUGAGCUUGUUUAUGAUGGAGUCAGAGUUGAUGUCAUCCACGGUGAACGCACACCAGCUCAGCGAGACGACGUAGUGAGACAAUUCCGCAGAGGUGAUGUGUGGGUGUUGAUCGCCACCGACGUUCUCGCACGCGGUAUAGACGUACAGGCUAUCAAUCUCGUACUUAACUACGAUUUUCCUCAAUCCCCCGCUUCGUAUGUCCAUAGAGUCGGUCGUACGGGCAGAGCUGGCAGGGUCGGUCAGGCCAUCACCUUCUUCACUAAUGACGACGCUCCAUAUCUCAAAUCUGUCGUUAAUGUCAUGAAAAGCAGCGGAUGCGACGUGCCUGAGUGGAUGCUCAAACUUAAGAAACCUUCAAGCAAUCAGCGCAAGGCUUUGAAAAAGAGACCGAUCGAGAGAGAGACCGUUCACGAAGCUGCUGGUACCAACGUCGGUAGAGAGGAUGUAAGAAAACACAAACAAAUUGUCAACGCUUCCAAGCGGAGGAAGGUGGCGAAUGAGGUGAAAGAGCAGGAUCAGCACCAGGAACAGGACCAGGAACACAAGCAUAGUGAUGAUCAAUCUCGAUAA